AUGAUAUUUGUGCUAAAGGUCUAUUUGGCAGUGGAUUUUAAUUAUCCAAACAAUCUAUAAUUAGAGUAAAUAUUAUUAAUGAAGAUCGAAGGUGGUAAAUUAAUUAGUCAGUCAUUAAUCUCGCGCGUGCCUAACUACCGCGUUAAUCCUAUUAGGGAUUAUUGUAUGCACGGAGUCGAACAGAAGGGAUUUAACCGAGUAAAGUGUUGUCAUAAGUUUUAUUUAAAUUUCGUUGAACGUCCCAAUAAAUUCCUACGUUGUGUAAGAUUUUGUGCCGGGAUAUUUUAGCAGUAUUAUAAUCAAUAAGUCUUUUCUUCUCCUGCAUGUGGACAGCCGAUUAAUAUUCGGAUCUUUUCCAUGUCGAAAUGUACUUAUCGGGCUGAGUGAACCUCUUUGUGAAGGGUUGCGUUCAACAGUGAGGCGUAAACAAUGCGCAUAUAAAUAAAAAUUAAAAUUUAAACCCCGUCGACAGAUAUUAUAAUAAUUUUAAAGAAACAAGUCAAGGCGUGAAGAAACCUUAAUAACUUGAUACCCCAAUGACAAAACGUAGCGCGACCUUUGUGCAUUCCUACCAACAAGUGGGUUUGUGAUACAAACAAUCGUAUUUAGAAGUCGAUCUGUGUUAUCAACUGAUUCCUGUGUAGCGAUCUAGACGGGACAUUUUUACCAGUCUACGUUGGUGUUGUGAUAUUCUACGGUGGAAAAAACUAGGAGAGGAAGAACUAGCAGAUGUCAUAAUUACGGAAAGUUUCCCGUUUUUCAUAACCUUUUUAAGACUUAAAGACAAUUUUAUUAAAUGAUGGAGUUGGAGUGAGAAGCAGAUGACAAGAUGACAGACACAGGGGACCAGUCGUUUAUCAGGGUUAAGUACGGGGAUAAUCAAGAGGCCAUUUUUAAUCCUUGGUGCUCUAGCUACACAUUGCUUGAGUGGAUCAGAAAAAAGUGCAAUUGUGAUAGUGAUAUACUUAUAGAUUUGGUGGAUAUGGAUGGUCAAGUAAAGAAUUUGUCUGCACGAACCAAAGAAUACGCAAGUGAAGUUGUUAAUGGCAGGGAAACAUAUGUAUUAAUACGCGUAGAAAAGAUUGGUGAUGGAAAAUACAACUAUACCUCUCUCCUGAAUAAUCUUGGGGAUGUCAACCCAGACUUAUUUGGAAAAUUAAGUGUAAUGUCAAGGCCACAGACCAGAGUGAAAGGAAAGAAAAAUAACAAACCUCUCAAGACACCAAAGAGUACCCGCAAUGAGUCUGCCACCAAGAGACCAAAAAGUAGCGAGAAGAAAAAAUAGACUACACAUACAGACCACGGAAUCAUUAGAUUAUAUUGAUCAAAAUCCAGAAUUAAGGAGAAUCUCUUGUAGACAAUGGUGAAGCUCAUCCUUAUGAUGUAAACGUUAAAAGGGUAUAUCAGUCAUGUAUACUAGUAUGUUAAAUGUCUAUACAUAUUCACAUAUUUAUAUAUGUUUUUAUACUGGUGUAUUGGGUAACUAUUCUCAAUUUUUUGGGAAAAUUGCAUUAUUAGAGUUACAGGGUUUCAUAAACAUUUACAAAUAUUCAAUCACAUUGUUUAAUAGCUAAAUGCUUUCUAAAUUUCAGUAAUUUUACAAAAAAACUUUUGUUGUGUUAGACAUAUUUUUAUGUGUUAUAGAAAUAAAGACAGAAAAAUCAA